AUGACGGGUGGGCCUCUGUGGCUGAUUUCCAGAGGAAGCCGAGACUCUGAUUUAUUCUCCGUUAUUCUCCCGUGGCAGGACCACCUACCCCAAAUAGCCGCCCCUGAGGAAUGCACCCCGAAGAACCGCAGCGCCGUGUCCGAGUUCGUCAUCCUGGGCCUUUUGAACCGCCCCGAGAUGCAGCCCCUCCUCUUCACCGUCUUCCUGUGCGUCUACCUGGUGGCCGUGCUGGGAAAUGGUCUCAUCAUGGCCGCGGUCUCCCUCAGCGCGGCCCUGCACACGCCCAUGUACGUCAUGCUGCUGCCUCUGGUCCUGGUGGACGUCGUGUGCACCUCCUCCAUCGUCCCCAAGAUGCUGGAGACCACACUGGGGCCCCGGAAGACCAUCUCCUACAGCGGCUGCAUGGCCCAGCUCCUCUUCUUCACCUGGUCCCUGGGGGCCAAGAUGGUCCUCUUCACCGCCAUGGCCUUCGACGGCAACGUGGCCAUCUGCUUCCUCCUCCACUAUGCCGCCGUCAUGAGCCGGCGGACAUGCUCCGCCCUCCUGGCCGCCGUCCUCCUCGUCGCCGUCACCAACUCCUGGGUGCACACGGUCCUCGUCCUCCGGCUGACCUCCUGCGGGUCGGACGCCGUCGACCACUUCUUCUGCGAGAUCCCCGCCCUGCUGGCCCUCUCCUGCAGCCCCGUCCGGGCCAACGAGGUGAUGGUCUUCGUGGCCGACGUCGCCCUGGCCAUGGGGGACUUCGUGCUGACCUGCCUCUCCUACAGCUUCAUCGUGGCCGCCAUCCUCCGCAUCCGGUCGGCCGAAGGCAAGAGGAAGGCCUUCUCCAUCUGCUCCUCCCACCUCUGCGUGGUCUCCCUCUACUACUCUCCGGUCAUCUACACCUACUUCCGGCCCGCCUCCUCCUACUCGUUCGACAGGGACAAGGUGGUGGCCGCCUUAUACACGCUGGUCACGCCCACCCUAAACCCCAUCGUCUAUAGCCUCCGCAACAGAGAGAUCCAGGCGGGCAUCCGGAAGGUCUUCUCCUCCCUGAAGUGCCGAUAG